GGCUUGGAAUGUAUACACUGUCUGCCUGCCCGGCAGCCCUCGCACAGCGCUCUAGAGCCGUGAAAGUGCCUGCAGCAUAAACAAAUCCAGAACUCUCCUAGGACAGAGCAUUUGCCAAUAGAAGGAAAAAUUUUAUUCAGAGCCUAAGGUAGAAACCUCCUGAAGGGACGAGACAGACCCAGCAUCUGUGGAUGUCACUGCAGCCAAACAAGGAUGGAUGAGGAGUCACCAGAUGGGGUUGUCUUCAAAGACCACGACUUCUCCUCUGACUUGUUGAGACAGCUCAAUGGCUUAAGGCAAAGCAAGUUCCUGACUGAUGUGAGCAUCUGCUCCGGAGCCUGGGAGGUCCCUUGCCACCGCAACGUGCUGGCCUCCAGCAGCCCCUACUUCAAGGCCAUGUUUUGCAGCCACUUCCGGGAGAGCAGAGAGGCCAAGGUACAGUUGAAAGGCAUCAGCGCCACCACCCUCGAGCAGGUCAUCACGUACGCAUACACGGGAGAGGUGCACAUCUCCGCGGCCAAUGUCCUCCCGCUGAUGGAGGCGGCUGCCAUGCUGCAGUACCCCAGGGUGUUUGAGGCCUGCUCAUCAUACCUGCAGAGUCAGCUGGACCCCAGCAACUGCCUGGGCCUGGUCAGACUCGCAGAAGUCUUAAGCUGCGAAAGCCUGAAGAAGAAAGCCAGGGAGGUGGCCCUGACUCGCUUCCCAGAGGUGGCGGCCUCGGCUGACCUGAAGGAGCUCUGUGCCGUGGAGCUGAGAGGCUACCUAGGAGAUGACAGGCUCUGCGGAGAGGAGGAAACGGUGUUCGAGGCCCUCAUGGCCUGGGUCAAGCAUGACCUCAAGGCCCGGUGGCCGUACCUGCAGGGGCUGCUGGAGCAGGUCCGCCUGCCGUACAUCCACCCAGCCUUCUUCCACCACUUCAUCGCCAACGACGCCCUCCUCCAGUCCUCGCCUGCAUGCCAGGCCAUCCUGGAGGUGGCCGGGAGGCAGAUCUUCUCCUCGUAUGGUCCCAGUGCCCAGGACUGCAAACUCCUGUGGCAUAUCCCCCCAAGGAGCUCCUACCAAGACUUCCUCCUCCUCCUGGGGGGCCGGAAGGACAACCAGCAGACCACCAGGGAUGUCUUGCUCUACAGCCUACAGACUGGCCGGUGGCAGAGCCUGGCCAAACUCCCUGCCCGGCUGUACAAGGCCUCGGCUGUCACCUUGCACCGCAGUGUGUAUGUGCUCGGGGGCAUGGCUGUCAGCGAGGGCAAGAGUCUCCUCAGCCGCGGAGUCUAUGUCUUCUCUCUGAAACUCAACCAGUGGAGGCCGGGGGAGCCCAUGCUGGCAGCCCGCUACUCCCACAGGAGCACCAGCCACAGGAACUUCAUCUUCUCCAUCGGGGGCACUGGAGAAGGGCAGGAGCUCCUGGGGUCCAUGGAGAGGUAUGACAGCAUCCGUGACGUCUGGGAGAGCAUGGCUGACAUGCCCGUGGCCGUGCUCCAUCCCGCUGUUGCAGUGAAGGACCAAAGGCUCUAUCUUUUUGGAGGUGAGGACAUCAUGCAGAACCCUGUGCGCCUUAUCCAGGUGUACCACAUUUCCAGAAACACGUGGUUCAAGAUGGAGACAAGGAUGAUAAAGAAUGUGUGUGCCCCCGCAGUGGUGUUGGGGGAGAGGAUUGUCAUUGUGGGAGGUUACACAAGGAGGAUUCUUGCUUACGACCCUCGGUCCAACAAAUUUGUCAAAUGUGCGGACAUGAAAGACCGAAGGAUGCACCACGGGGCCACAGUGAUGGGGAACAAGCUGUAUGUGACAGGUGGGCGGAGACUGACCACAGACUGCAACAUUGAGGACUCAGCCUCCUUUGACUGCUAUGACCCUGAGACGGACACCUGGACAUCGCAGGGACAGCUACCUCACAGACUCUUUGACCACGCCUGCCUGACACUCCAGUGCAUACCCCACAUGGCCAGCCUCACAUGAAGGCCACAAGAACCUUUGUUGGUCAAAAUGCUGUGUAACACAAAAGAUUGGAAAACAGUUCCAAAGGCCUAGAGUUGAAGGAAGUCAAAACUUCCACUCUCUACACAGUAGUCUUUUUUAAAAAAAUGCCAGUGGGUGCUUUUUUGAUUCCAUCCCUACCUCUUGAACCAAUGCCAGAAAUUGCACUAUUAUAACUGGAUAGGUCUGCAUCACACCCCUUCAGAUGGAGGCAGGGUUAACGACUUGAUUGAUGGCCCAUACUGCAUGGAAUCAGACAGAAGAUGUUUCCCAGAGGAAGAAAGAAUUCUGGACACGGAUGGACACACACACACACACACACACACACACACACACACACACACACACACACGUCAUCCUUUGCAUCCAGAGUGGGAGGGUUAGCCCAAGAGGAGCCUUACAAUCACUCAGGCCAGGUGACAGCUUGUGAAACUGUUGUGAUUGUGACCCUACGUUUCAUGGGUACAGCACAUUGAAAGUGGGUUCAGUUCGGUAUCUACCUAGGGUCUACAAAAUUAUCCUGCAACGAAAAACAUACGAACAGAACCGUGUCUGCUUCUCGUGCCAGCCGGUGCCAGACGACCUUUAAAGCUGCGGGAUUAAGCUGGGGUUUCAUUUCAGCAACGUGUUAGGAAAAUGGCUUUUCUGGGGAAAGCCAACAGAUUCCUCAGCAGCAACAGCAACUCUUCCCUCCGGAUAUCAGGGCUGACCCUCCCUGUGGCCCCUUCAAGUCCAAGUGCCCCUCACCCUCACUCAAUGUCAGGCCCACGGAAAAGCUGAAGUGCAUCAGAGGCUCUCAGUGAGGCCCCGAUGGCAUGAUCACAGGGAAGACGUUUGGAAACAUCGCUGAGUCCCAUUCAAGAUGGAUGCACAGGGGUUCUCUGAGGUGAGGUCCAGAAUUCUGUAGUUCCGAAAGGCAUCCUAAGGUGACCCUGUCACUCAGCUGUGGUGGAGAAUUGAAGCCCUGCUCUGCUGUGUGCACUGAAGACCACCAUGGCUACUCUUUCCCAUCCCGUCCUGACCAAUGCUAGGCGAUCUCAGUGUAUAAGCAAAGUUGUUUCCCACCCACGGAAGCAUCUGGAAUAAAUUGGCCAUUCUGUGGUACA